AUGAAGGAAAAGAAUGAUGGGUUUAUGAGAGCUGAUCAAAUUGAUCUCAAGAACAUAGAUGAACAACUUGAGAGACACCUCAACAAAGCAUUGCCUGUAGCUCAGAAUGAUGACUCAAACUCUGGUGGUGAUGCUGCUGUCUUCAAUGAGAAUCAAAGACAAGAGUGGGAAAUUGAUCCUUCUAACCUCAUCAUCAAGAGUGUCAUAGCUCGUGGCACUUUUGGUACUGUUCACCGUGGUGUCUAUGAUGCUCAAGAUGUUGCUGUUAAAAUACUGGACUGGGGUGAAGAAGGACUCAGGACAGAAGCUGAAAUUGCUGCACUCAGGUCUGCCUUCACGCAGGAAGUUGUUGUUUGGCAUAAACUGGAUCAUCCUAAUGUCACAAAGUUUAUAGGGGCAACAAUGGGGUCAUCUGAAUUGCAGAUACAAAGUGACAAUGGUGUGAUUAGCAUGCCUAGCAAUAUCUGUUGUGUGGUUGUAGAGUAUCUUCCCGGAGGUGCACUUAAAUCUUUCUUAAUAAAGAAUAGGAGGAGGAAAUUAGCUUUUAAGAUCGUCGUCCAGCUAGCACUUGAUAUGGCUAGAGGGCUGAAUUAUCUUCACUCCCAGAAGAUUGUCCACAGAGAUGUAAAGACAGAGAACAUGCUGUUGGAUAAGACACGGACAGUUAAAAUUGGUGAUUUUGGAGUUGCACGUAUUGAAGCAUUGAAUCCUAGUGACAUGACCGGGGAGACUGGAACACUUGGUUACAUGGCUCCUGAGGUUUUAAACGGAAACCCUUAUAACAGGAAAUGUGAUGUAUAUAGUUUUGGCAUCUGUUUAUGGGAAAUAUAUUGUUGUGACAUGCCAUAUCCUGACCUAAGUUUCUCUGAGAUUACAUCAGCCGUUGUUCGCCAGAAUGUUAGACCCGAAAUACCAAGAUGCUGUCCAAGUUCUUUAGCAAAUGUAAUGAAAAGAUGCUGGGAUGCAAAUCCCGAUAAGCGGCCUGAAAUGGAUGAGGUAGUUGCCAUGCUGGAGGCUAUUGACACAUCCAAAGGUGGAGGUAUGAUCACUAUUGAUCAGCAACAUGGUUGUCUUUGCUUCCGUAAGCGUCGAGGACCUUGA